CGAGCCGAACCGAGCCAAACCGACGGUGGUGCAGGGAGGGAGUCUGCGCAUGCGCCCUGCUGCUGAGACCUUCCCUCUGCAGGUGCGUCUCCAUCUCCUCUUCAUCAUCCUCCUCUUCCUCCUCUUCCUCCUCCGGGAUGCUGAAGCUGCUGAAGAUGCUGAAGGACGCGCAUGCGCGCUGCGGUCGCUGCUAGAGCAGAAGUUCCGUCCCUGAAGGAUUUUUAAGGACUUUAUUCCAGCAGGAUGUGGAUCCCCGUGAUCCCCGUGAUCCCCGUGGGAGGACGAGGUUGCGGGUUCCGCCGCUGCGCGUGCGUGGCGCUGCUGCUGCUGGCCAUGAGCGCGUGCGUGCGCGGCACCCAAAGGGCCAGCGAGCCCAGCAACAUGUCCUACGUCAAAUCCACGGUGGACAAGUUGCUCAAGGGCUACGACAUCCGGCUGCGGCCCGACUUCGGAGGGGCCCCCGUGGACGUGGGCAUGAGCAUAGACAUCGCCAGCAUCGACAUGGUGUCUGAAGUCAACAUGGACUACACCAUCACCAUGUACUUCCAGCAGUCGUGGAGGGACAAGCGUCUGUCCUACACCGGGAUCCCCCUCAACCUCACCCUGGACAACCGGGUGGCCGACCAGCUCUGGGUCCCCGACACCUACUUCAUCAACGACAAGAAGUCCUUCGUCCACGGGGUGACGGUGAAGAACCGGAUGAUCCGGCUGCACCCGGACGGCACGGUGCUCUACGGCCUCAGGAUCACCACCACGGCCGCCUGCAUGAUGGAUCUGCGGCGAUACCCGCUGGACGAGCAGAACUGCACCCUGGAGAUCGAGAGCUACGGCUACACCACGGACGACAUCGAGUUCUACUGGCAGGGAGGGAGUGAGUCGUCGGUCACCGGGGUGGAAAACAUCGAGCUGCCGCAGUUCUCCAUCAUCGACUACCAGACGCUGUCCAAGAAGGCCGUGUUCGCCACAGGUUCUUAUCCUCGUCUGUCUCUGAGCUUUAAACUGAAGAGGAACAUCGGCUACUUCAUCCUGCAGACCUACAUGCCGUCCACCCUGAUCACCAUCCUGUCCUGGGUCUCCUUCUGGAUCAACUACGACGCCUCGGCCGCCCGAGUCGCCCUGGGCAUCACCACGGUGCUGACCAUGACCACCAUCAACACCCACCUGAGGGAAACUCUCCCCAAGAUCCCGUACGUGAAGGCCAUCGACAUCUUCCUGAUGGGCUGCUUCGUGUUCGUGUUCCUGGCGCUGCUGGAGUACGCCUUCGUCAACUACAUCUUCUUCGGCCGCGGCCCCCACCUGCAGAAGAAAGCGGCGGAGAAGGCCAAGUCCAACAACGAGAACAAGAACCGCAUGGAGAGCAACAGGGUUCAGCUAACACUAGCCUCCUCAUCAGCCACCGGCGCCGUUGCAAAAUAUGAGGUCGAUGCCCACGGCAACAUCCUGCUGACCAACCUGCCCACGGAGAUGGGCGGGCCGGACAUGAUGGGCCUGCACGACCCGCGGGCCACCAUGUUCUCCUACGACAGCGCCAGCAUCCAGUACCGCAAGCCCAUGACGAGCCGGGACCUGUACGGCCGGCCGGCGCUGGACCGGCCGCCGAGCCACAAGAAGAGCCGCCUGCGCCGCCGGGCGUCGCAGCUCAAGGUGAAGAUCCCCGACCUGACGGACGUCAACGCCAUCGACAAGUGGUCCCGGGUCGUCUUCCCCAUCGCCUUCACCUUCUUCAACCUGGUGUACUGGCUGUACUACGUGCACUAGGCCGCUACGGCGGCUAGCGUAGCGCCGCAGCGCCGCCGCCGCUAAGAAAAGCUCCUCGGUCCCCGAACGGCAGGAACGACGAGAGGAGGGAUCUUUGUACAAAUCCUCUUUUAGAACGAAGCGCCGGUCUUUACAAUGUAAAUACGAUUUAAUAUACGAUAACGUAAAUAAAUAUAUAUAUAAAGACAGAGAUAUAUAAUUUAACUAAAAAAAAAGAAUCUAUCAUUUUUGCUGUAAACACAGACUAGACGAACGAUAGUCGCCGACACGGCGGCUCCAACCCGGAGGACGAUGUUUCUGUCUUUAUCUUCUCCUUCGCUGUUUCACUCUUCGCAUGUGGAUAGAACACUUUAUUAUUAGAGCGGGAACGACACGGGUCCCGCUAGCCCGUCCUGCAGCAGCCGGAACUAAAA